AUUCUGUGAUGUAUCAAUACGCACAUCGACGAACCGCAUGUCAGCAAUAAAUUUAACCCUGUUACACUUGAUCACAUAUUUCUCUUUCGAUAAUGACGCUGUCAUUCCAGGAACCAGAUCGGUAUGUCGGAGGCCUCAACGCAGGAGCCAGAGCUUUUCACGGCAAAACUUAUCAGAUCGUAAACUGAACCCACCAAAGCCAAAAUGAGACGAUGGUGUCUUAUGAAAAAGAGAACUCGGACACCCCGGCUGUUCGUCUUUGCUGGGGUUGUCUUAAGUGGAUUACUGUUCAUCAUUGUGAAGGAAAAUCUCAACUUUCAUAAUGACGAAAGCAGUAUAUAUUAUCAUGGAAUAGACGAAAGGGCUUUGCACAGAAAACUCCUCGCGACGCCAACAGCUAACAAGAGUACUAGCCUCUAUCCGCAAGAUCUCUUCACUGAGGAGCAAUUGAAAAGUGGAGCUGUGAUUUUACACUGUGUAGGAAUGAUCUACAUGUUCGUUGCCUUGGCUAUAGUCUGUGAUGAAUUCUUCGUUCCUUCGCUAAACGUAAUCACGGAGAAAUUAAAACUUUCCGAAGAUGUGGCUGGGGCGACCUUCAUGGCUGCUGGUGGCAGCGCCCCCGAACUGUUCACCAGUGUCAUUAGUGUUUUCGUUGCACGGGAUAACGCAGUUGGACUUGGUACUAUAGUUGGUUCUGCUGUCUUCAACAUUUUAUUUGUGAUUGGAAUGUGUGCAAUCUUCAGCAAAGAUGUGCUCGAAUUGACUUGGUGGCCAUUAUUCCGUGAUGUCUUCUUUUAUAGCAUUGACCUGAUACUACUAAUGGUUUUCUUUGACGACAACUAUAUCAAGUGGUGGGAAGCAUUAACUCUGUUAAUUUUCUAUUUUCUAUAUGUGCUUUUUAUGAAAUUUAACGGAACUGUGGAAGUAUUCGUCAAAACCAAAAUCCUUACCCUGUGCAAGAAGAACCAAGUGAAUUCAGUGCAUAGUGCCGAGAAUCUUAUACUUGAUGAGCCUACACCUCCCACACAUAUUGAACGUCACGUGUAUCGUGGGCGACCUCAGCGAAGUUGUAGUCUACCAGUUCUCCACUCAGGAAGUGGGCGGUUUCGACAUGGCGUCCUUCAACUUAUGAUACACACGAUAGAUCCUCUAACUGAUGCACGUGUCCAUGAGAAAGCAUUGCAGCUUCGAGCGGUGGCCUCACUGAAGAAGAUCCCUAUAAAUGCUGACAAUCACAACAGUACAAUGCAACAGAAUCAAAAUAAUAAUACUGCUGGGGGCGGGGAGCUGAACUCUUCGAAUUCGUACCAGAAUCCAAGCUUCCAGUUCGAUCAGGUAAAUCACGUGGAAGGAACGCAGGUUUUGGAAAUAACGAGCGAUACAAACAGUGUGACAAAUAGCAUGUCUAACGGGAAAAUUUCCGCCAUUUCAAACGGCGAUUUGCAUUCACAAGAUUCAACGUCGCGCCAGUCGAGUCGGCAGACGACGAUUACAAUGUUGGAAUGCGUGGAGGAGAUGGGGGAUCAGGAGAAUACGACCAAAGCCGUCCCCCGGCGCGUGCAGCCGCACAUCGUGAGACAGGAUACGCCGACAAUGGAUCAGACACCGCCGUCGAGUGCCACUAAUGAAAAAUCGGAGAAGUUAGAUACAAAGUCAGUGGAGUCGUUGGAAGAGGGCGGAAAGGGUCCCUCUGCCCUUUCUUCCUUUGCCGCAGCCUCUCUCCAUUCCCUUCAUUUGCCAUUAUCGAAGGGAAGUCCGUAUGUCGGUCGCAUGGCCAUGCGGCGGCCAUCUUGGAAACCACCAGAUCUAUCAGAUGACGAGGAACCACUUGAUAUGAGUUGGCCAAAAACAUGGAAGAAGCGUGUCACAUACAUUUUACUUGCUCCACUUUUCUUUCCAUUGUGGUUAACACUUCCUGAUGUUCGAAAACCGCAUAUGCGGAAGUUAUUCCCUAUCUCGUUUCUCGGCUCGAUAUUGUGGAUUGGCGGGUUCUCCUUCCUGAUGGUGUGGUGGGCAAACACGGUGGGAAAGACGGCAGGAAUUGAAGAUGAUAUCAUGGGUUUGACGUUCAUAGCUGCUGGUACGAGCAUCCCGGACUUAAUUACCAGUGUGAUAGUUGCCAAAAAAGGCUUCGGUGAUAUGGCUGUCUCAAGUUCGGUCGGUAGCAACAUCUUUGAUGUGACAAUUGGAUUACCGCUUCCAUGGCUGAUAUAUUCUAUUGUGACGUUGGCGCAGACAGGCGUCGCCGAAGAUAUCAAUGUCGAAAGUAAAGGCAUGGUGUGCUCAGUGGCUCUACUCUUCCUUAUGUUGAUAUUUGUAAUAUCUGCAAUUGCAGUGUUUAAAUGGAAAAUGAGCAAGUUCCUCGGGAUCUCUAUGUUCAUUCUCUAUUUUGUAUUCUUGACCAUUAGUCUGCUGUUUCUGAAAUCGGUGAUGACAUGUCCUAUAUAAUAAUCAUGGUAGUCUUUCUCAACAUUGAAAUGUACUAGUCUUGGGUAAAAUGCACGCUGAUCGACUUCAGCGAGUAAGUUAUGGAUGCCAGCAGCAAAUGGUGGUUUCUUACUUAAAGAAAACGUCUUGGUGGAAUAAACGUCUCAGAAAAACUGAUCAACCGAAACAGUUGGUCUCGGAAGCCAUCUUAAGUUUUGCCCCUCCUUCUCUAAGGGUAG